AUGAACAGCAUUGUUAAGAAGAGUCUACAGCUCAGUAGAGCGUCGCCUAUAAUAGCACGCAGCUCUUUGGUUCGACCAUCAUUAAUAGCUUCUUAUUCAACACAGCCUUCUGAGGACCUCAAGCGCCAGCGAGAUGAGCAUCUGGAACAGCUCAAGAAGUACUACCCACCAUCUCUGAUCAAGUCGAUUCUUGCUGCAGAGUCUUCCGUUUCCCCUGAGCUUUGGGAGAAGCGCCAGCAGUCAAAGGUGGACUUUGCUCCUCCUUAUACCGAAGAUUUCUCGACUUACGAUCCUCUGUACGAUUUUGGCCGACAUGAGUGGAUUGAGAAGGACCAGCCUUACCAGCCCAUUCCCCAGCGAAUUCCUCCCGGUGUUUCUCUUGAUAAGGAUAUCUUGUCGAGUAAAAGUGCUUCUGCCAUCAACAUUUCCAAGCUCCAGGAGCAGACUGGUUUGUCCGCUUCUUACAUCAAGUCUUUGACUGUGCGCCAGCUAAUUUCUAAGCGUGUUGUCAACAUGACCCGUAAGGGUAAGAUUCCCUCUUUCUACUCGCUGGCUAUUGUUGGUGAUCGCCAGGGUAAUGUUGGUAUUGGUGAGGGCAAGGACUCUUCUGAAGGUGCUCUUGCUUUGCAACGAGCCCACUGGAACGCUGUCAAGAACCUGACUUACAUUCCGCGGUUCGAAGACAGAACUAUUUACGGUUCCAUUCAGCAUAAAUACCACUCGGUCGUCAUUAAGUUGAGACCUGCUCCUCCUGGUCACGGUCUUCGUGUGAAUCACAUCAUUUAUGAGAUUUGCAAGUGUGCCGGUAUUAAGGAUCUUACUGGCAACAUUUACCGAUCCAGAAACCAGAUGAACGUUGCCAAGGGUGUCAUUGAGGCUCUUUCCACCAAGCAGACGAUUUUGGAUGAAGCUGCUGCUCGCCGUGGUAAGAAGAUUAUCGAUGUUACCAACACUUACUUCAAUUUCUAA